GUCCUUAGAACAGAACUCUAAUUUUACUAAUAUCAUGAAAAUGUUUCAACUGUUAUCCAUAUGCGUGUUGGCGUUAACUCUGAGCUGUGCACAGGCGCAAAUUGCUUUCACCAGCCAGCCCUGUACAGUGCGAAAUCCAAAGAUUGUUGGCGGCAGUGAGGCGGAACGCAACGAAAUGCCAUUUAUGGUUAGUCUGAUGCGUCGGGGUGGACACUUCUGCGGCGGCACAAUCAUAUCCGAGCGGUGGAUCCUUACGGCCGGCCACUGCAUCUGCAAUGGGCUGCAAAAGUUCAUGAAACCGUCACAAAUUCAGGGCGUUGUGGGUCUGCACAGCAUCAGGGAGUAUCUCAAUGGAAUUGGCAAUGGCCCGGAUGCACUGAGAGUGGACUUCAAGAACAUUGUGCCUCAUCCGCAAUACGACUGCAACAAUGUUCAGCAUGAUAUUGCCCUGCUGGAACUUGUCCGGCCCAUCAGCUUUACAUUGCAUGUGCAACCGAGCUGUGUUGGCUCGGACAGCUUGGAGCAGGAGUACGGCACCGUCUCCGGCUGGGGUUGGACCCAUGAAAAUCAAGCGGAGGGCGAUCGUGCGGAUGUCCUGCGCAAGGCCACUGUCAAAAUAUGGAAUAACGAAGCUUGUGAGCGUUCCUAUCGCGCCCUCGGCAAGAGCAACAGCAUUGGGGAGACACAACUGUGCGCCGGCUAUGAGAACGGUCAAAUUGAUUCGUGUUGGGCUGAUUCCGGCGGCCCUUUGAUGUCCAAGGAGCACCACCUCGUUGGUGUGGUUUCAACGGGCAUCGGCUGUGCUCGCCCCGGCCUCCCAGGCAUCUACACGCGAGUCAGUAAAUAUGUGCCAUGGAUGCAGAAUGUGAUAGCAGACAGGAAAUAGUAGGUUGUAAUAGCAGAAGAGUAAUAC